AAGAGAGAAAGAGAGAGAGAGAGAGAGAGAGAGAGGGGGAAAAGACAAAUUCUCUCAGGUCAUCCACCAUUCAUGAAAUAAUCUUGGCUUUACCAGCGCGUUGUGAGUUUCUCCACUUCCCCACCCCACAGUGGGACUCCAGGUGCUUAACCUCCCUCCUGCCGGUUCUGCAUGGUCAUGACCUGUCAUCACGCCCUCUCCACAGCCCACCUCAUCCUAUUGGUCCUGCUCAUUGUCACUCCGCAGCUGGCUGGCACUGCCCCUGUGAGGGGCGAGGGAGGGGAGGGAGGGGUGGAGGGGCGCACCCGGACAGAUCAUAAAGAGGACAGCCUUGGCCCCUUCCUCUCGCCCCCGCCCCAGAGUCUCUCCGGCCCCGAAAACGCGUCGGUGGAACAGGGUCGAGGCCCGGUUCAAGAUAGCCAAUUAGAUAAAGUGACAGACCCCGCGCAGGUGCUCGCGGUUCUUUUGGAGGCCCUGGACCACCCGGGGGACGGCGAAAUCCAGGCGAGCAGAAACAGAGACUGGGAAGAGGAUCAGAGUCAGGAGCCGCCCUCUAUUGAAGGCUUGGAGGGAGGUGAGAUAAGGAGAACGGAGCAGACAGAGGGUGAGAGGAGGAUGGGGGAGGAGGAGGAGGGGCAAGGGGCUGAUAAGGCUAUUGAGCAGCUAAUUGUAGGCCAUUUGACAGCUGCUCAGGGGGACGACUCGAAGGAAAAAGAAGGGGAGGAGGAUAAAAUCACAAGGUCAGAGGAGGAUCGAGGAUGGCCCGUGAAAGAUGGGGGACCUGAUCGUGUCAGCGAGGAGGGAAGGAAUGAGGAAGAGGAGGGACGAGAGGAGGAAAUUGAUUUAGACAGUUUCUUAGAAAACGCUGGACCAGGUUCCACCUCGCAGGGAGACGAUUCCUCUCUGCAGAGAAAAAUAAGAGGCUACUUUCAAAACAUUGACCUGGGUCUUCAAAAUAAUGAAAUCCUGCCACCUCUGAAGGGCUACAAAGCAUAUAACACUCAGUUAGCACGAGCUGGCAAGAAGCAGCACUGGCAGGAGAACCAGUCCAGCAACAGGCCAGUCAAAGGCGGCAACUUCAUGGAUGACUUUGAGGAUGACGGAGAGGAGCUGGAGGAGGAGGUUGAGGAAGAGGAGGAGAGCCUUUCCCACAUGGAGGAGGAGGCGAGGGCACGUGCAGAGAAGCAGGAGGUUCUCCGGCAGCAGGAGGAGGCGGAGCGAGCCAGAGAGGAAGAGCAGAGGCUGGCAGACAUCGCCUCUGACAUGCUACUGCAGUACAUGGGCAGGAAGCAGCAGGCCUACAUGAAACCUCGGCAGAAGAGCAGCAUGGGCGCCGCAGGCAACACCGCCGAAGACAAACGCUCGGAGGAGGUCCUCCCCGAUGAAGAUGACUUAGAUCAGCAGAUGAUCGACAGGCUGAUCGAGAUCAGCAGCAAGCUGCACCUGCCUGCCGACGACGUGAUCGAGAUUAUUAGUGACGUGGAGGAGAAGAAGAAGAAACGGAAGGAGUUGCAGCAGCAGCCCGUCAACAGCAACCCCGUUGCCCCACGCUUCAGGCCUCUGGUCCCUCCUCCUCUCGUUGCCCCACCGAUUUACCACUACACAGCUUCAAAAAACCCCAAGAAAGCUCCUUAUAGGUACAACAAGUCCAACAAGAAAUGGCACAAGGACAAAGCCAAGUCAUACAAGCAGGACUACUGGUACAAGCCUCAGAAGCAGCUUGACUACUGGUAUAAACCACAGAAACAGUUUCUGGCCUUCCCCUCUUAUCCAUACUACCAAAAGCCAUAUCGUGCAUACUACCCCGUAUACUUCCCGUAUCCCAAACCACAAUAUUACGGCAAGCCCUCCCCCUCCAGAGACCAGACCUUCGGCCCCCAGGAACUCGACCUCCAGGCCCCGAGGCGCAGGCACAGGGGCGGGGGCAAAAACCGUGGACAGGGCUGGAGGCAGCAGCCACCGCCACAUCUGCCGCUCACCCCUUAUAUCUCUAACUAUAUCCUCCCUCACCCACGGACCUACCAACCCUUACCCCCUCCCAAACCGAUAACCACGCCCCGGAGGGGCAGGCGACCUCCCUACUACUAUCCACAAGUCACACCAGGAGAUGACUAUGAGGAAGAUGGGCUGGUGCCUCAGUUGGACAGUGAGGAGGAACUGGAAAACUUUAUUGAGAGGAUCUACAUGAAGCGCAGAAUGUAUUGAAAGACUUUUUUGAACACUGUCCGGUCAGAAGUACCGAAGAAGGCGGGACAGACAUGCAGUAGCUGGAGAAAAGCUGGAACAGAGGUGAAAAAAAGACUCAGAGGAGAUGUGUUUUGCGCCUGAUGGAAGUUUGAGGUUGGAGAAGUGAAGAGUUAGGUUUUUGUUAUUUUGAUCACUGUUAUUUCUGUUCAUUUACCCAGUCAGGGAGGGGAUGAAGAGGUCUCUGUGUAGGCUCCCUGUAACCAUGUUCAGCCUCUUGCUCAGUUUACAUUUUGAAACAGAACAUACCAUGGUGUAUGUCUGCCUCCAUUCAGGUCAAUCUCUGAUGUUCUUGCAUAUUUCAGAGAUUUAUUGAGGACACUAACACACAGACACACACACACACACACACACACACACACAAGAACAUAUGUCCACACCAACAUUGAACAGCAUUUUUGACACAUUCACAAGCAAACGUGCCCAUUGAAAGAGAACCAUGUUUACAACAUCACUUUAUAUAUUUUGUUUUAUAUUCUGUAUGUCAUAAUACAAAGUUAUGACUUCUCAGCUAUACAAACGCAAAACUAAGAAAAAAAAAAAUCCUGACAUUAUCAAAUGUUGACGAUAUACUUUUGUUGUAUUUGAUGUGUGUAGUUGCCUUUCUUAUUCCCCAUUGGAUCGGCGUUAAAACAGCUGCAAUUUGCAAAAAGGUGCCAAAUACACACAUUUCAGUUUUUUCCAAACACAAGAAUCAGAUUUGCCUUACAAGCACCGCGGUUCUAAAAGGGAAACGGCAUAGUGCACAAUUCUGUCAUCACAUCCGGACCCAAUGUAGAAACCCUGUGGACUCCAAAAGCACAAACUUUAACACAAAACACUUCCAACCUGGUGGUCUAAGGGUUUUCAAUCAUUUUGGGAUCCAGACAUUAUUGUGUCAAUAUAUUUAUGAAAGAGCCACCACAAAGGGUAUCAGCAUCAUCACCACCGUAGGAUAUUCCUUCGCCCUGCAAGGGGUAAAUUGUUUUCAUAGUUCAUCUUUAUGUACUGACACAUUUAUGCACUUUUCUUUAUUCGCACAAACUUUACUUUACAUUUUUCUUGCAUCAUAGCCAUUAUGUAUAUUUUUCUUUUAUUAAUUUGAAAAAAUAUAUACUUGAAAUCACACAUAUUUGCUCCACAGCCUUAUAAAACAGAUUUCCACCAAGAGGCUAUAACCAUUUUGUUCAUUUUCAGAAGAAAUUCAUUGAGAAGUUUCAGGCCGGGGAGUCAGGGAUUGUGCUUCAAACCGUUAAAUGCACGUCUUUCUACUUGCAUCUUAAAAAAAGAACAAAAAAAAGAACAAAAAAAAGAGAAAAAAAAUAAAACAGUAUGGAGAACACGAAAUGGCUGUUUUCUCUGAAUAAACUGUGAAAAUAAAAAAAAGAAAUCUCAAAGGAAGAGGGCCACUGUGUCCACAGUGAAGCCAUCUGUCUUGUAAAAGGAGAGUGUUGUUGUUGAUGUCACCUUUAGCAUUGUAAGAUGUACAGUGUGAAAUAAAUAUGCCCGUGCAAUGUGUAAAUAACAGCAUGAUGAUUACUAGUUUUGCUAUAUGAUAAAAAAUAAAAGCAAUUAUUUUAUUAAA